AUGACGUAUAAAAAAUCAAAAGUGGCUUUAUCGUCUAAAUAUUCAACAUCAUUAACUGGCUAUUAUCCGUACAGCAAUUAUGUUUCAUCUCCAGCGGGAACAGAUCCCUCUUCAAUGAAAUUUCCCUAUAGUGAUCCGUCUAAAACUAUGCCAUUUGCGUUUAGCUAUCCACAACAUGAUUCAUUACAUUCUCUAUCUUAUAAUGGCUCUCAACGUAAACAACGUCGUGAACGUACAACAUUUACAAGAGCGCAACUAGAUCAAUUAGAAGCUCUAUUUCACAAAACAAGAUAUCCUGAUAUUUUUCUACGUGAAGAAGCAGCAUUAAAAAUAAAUCUUCCAGAAUCAAGGGUUCAAGUUUGGUUCAAAAACAGACGAGCUAAAUGUCGACAACAAGAUAAAGCAAAAAAUCCCAAACCAUCGUCAUCUGUUCAUCCCGACAAAGUCAUGGCAGCAAAUGAAAUAUCUCGUUCUCAUGAUACAUCAACAACACUCAAACAAGAAGCAAAAAGUCCAGUAUGUUCAAGUCCCGUUACAUGUAAAGUAGUAGCAUCAACAACAAAUGGAUGUAAUGGUGGAGCUGGCAGAAAUAGUCAUUCACCAACAAGUGCCGGCAGUUCUGGAUGUUCAUCAACUAAUACUACGAGUAGUCAGUCACUAUCGUCACCGUCAUUUUAUCGUACAGACAGUCUCGCCGCUCAAGUAGCCUCGGCUGCUUGGUCGACUCAAGCAGCGGCUGCAGCCGGUUACAAUAUACCGUAUCCAAAUUCCACUUAUAGUCCACAAAAUUAUUCCGCAUUUUAUUCUGAUUAUAAUUUUCAAAAUAUGUACAAAACUCCAUCGACAUAUUCAAAUAGUCUAACAGGACAUUCAAAUACAACUUAUAGACAUGAUGACUUUUUACAACCACCUUAUACUGGACGUCAAAUAUCUCCCGAUGAUGUAUGGCCGACUAAAUUUCAAAAUUUUUAA